ACCACUGAGAGAUAGACUCUUCAGCAUAACCAAGACAAAAUGGGAAAGAUCAUCUUCUACGAGGACAAGAACUUCCAGGGCCGCUCUUAUGAGUGCAGUUCUGAUUGUUCUGAUCUGCACUCAUACUUUAGUCGCUGCAAUUCAAUUCGAGUGGAGAAUGGAAACUGGAUGCUGUAUGAAUUUCCCAAUUACAAAGGACACCAGUACUUUUUAAAAAGAGGAGAAUACCCAGACUUUCAGCAAUGGAUGGGAUUCAAUGACUCAAUUAGAUCCUGCCGCUUAACCCCCCAACACAGAGGCUCUUACAGGUUGCGAAUCUAUGAGAGAGAGGACUUCAGAGGUCAAACGAUGGAGUUUACUGAAGACUGUCCAUAUGUGUAUGAGCAAUUCAAUUAUCAUGAUGUCCACUCCUGCAAUGUGCUUGAGGGAUACUGGAUCUUCUAUGAAGAACCCAACUACAGAGGACGUCAGUAUUACCUGAAACCUGGAGAGUACAGAAGAUACACAGACUGGGGUGCGAUAAACAGUCGUGUUGGCUCUUUCAGAAGAGCCAUAGAUUUAUACUAAAAAAGUUCAUGCCACAAAACUUCAUUUUUGUUUAUGGCAUAUUUUCAAAUAUGUUAUUAUUGCAUUACGGUUAAGUUACUCAAAUAAAAAGAAUAUAAAUACAA